AUGUCUUUCACCACCAAGUCCCUCAUCACCAGCCUCGUCGCCGGCCUGGCCAUCGCCGCACCAGCCGUGCCCGUCGAGGACGAGGUCAUGGUCGCAAAGCGACAGAUGACCAUCCCCCAGUGCUACACCCAAGACAUCUACAGCAACGUCAAGCAGGGCAAGCCGUACUACACCAAGCCCGUCCGCGUCAGCGGCCACCAGUGCAGCUCCCUCAAGGAGUCGAACUGCCAGCUCGGCGAGGAAGCCUCCCACUCCGUUGAGUUCAGCAAGUCCGUCACCGGCGGCAUCAGCAGCGCGCUCGACCUGGGCAAGAUCACCGACCUCGGCCUCGAGGCCUCCUUCACCUACACCUGGGCCACCUCGGACUCCAAGUCGGUCAACUCGCAGAGCGAGUGCCCCGCCGGCGGCCUCGUCUGCGGCCUGCAGGUCGAGGCCAAGAUGGUCAAGAUCACGGGCCACAAGAAGACCGAGUACCGCGGCGGCUGCGACCGCGUCGACGAGGGCGACUUCACCAUCGAGACGGCCGUCACCAAGCAGGGCGACAACAAGGACAUGGCCGCCGUCCAGACCUUUAGCGUCUGCCUUGCCGAGGACUGCAAGACCGACGACUGCAAGAAGGCCGCCAAGAAGGAGGGCAUCCCCAAGUGCCCUUGA